AACCGUUUAUGCCAGAGGCACACAUGCCAUCAGAGACAGACAUUCAGAAGCUGACUGCUGCAGAAAUACACUGAGCCUACAAUUCAUGAGGAAGAUUUCGUCCAUUCUUACUGGAUUGAUUAUCGCCCAUUUUACAGUGAGAUGCAAAGGAUAUGCCUACUACAGGUUGUUUUGGCUAUAUCAUCACUAAUUCAAUCAAAAUCACAAGGUGUGACCGGAUCAGGUCACUCCUGUCUCAGAUCGAGGACUGCAUAUGACAGACAGACGCGCAUCACGUUUCUACGAGAGGACGCAGCCGGUGUGCGCGUCUUGUACCUCAGCCUAUGGUCCGAGGAUAUACGACUGGUAUCAUGCGAGACGCACAAGGAGAGAUGUGAAAGUUGGAAAAACUCGGAGGAAACGCGCAUGGAUUUUCCCAGGGACGCUGUGGUGCGGCACUGGAAGCCAAGCAGUUAGAUACGAUCAGUUAGGGAUGUUUGAGAGUGCAGAUAGAUGCUGCCGUGAGCACGACCACUGCCUGCAUUUCAUCCCGUCUUUCACUAUGAAUUAUGGGGUCUUCAACCGCAACUUGUACACCAUCUCAGACUGUGACUGUGACCAAAGGUUUCGACAGUGCCUUCUUAGUGUGAAUGAUAGCAUUUCCAGCAUGGUGGGAUACAGCUUCUUCAGCAUCGUGCAGGUUCCCUGCUUUGAGCUGAAACAGAAGAAGCAUUGCACUCAGUUGUACUGGUGGGGAACGUGCAAAGUAUCCCAAAGUGCUCCGUAUGCUGUCUUAGAAAGCCCCCUUCCUUACGCCUCCGAGGUUACAAGCAAAAAAGGGGACCACACUGACAGCAACGUCUUAACAGGUAGCAAAGGGCAAAGCUUUGUGAUCAGCCCACAUAGAAAAACACCAAAAAGUGAACAUCGAUGUAGCUCCGGAGGAGACACUUUCUUCCCCAGAAGGAAAAAGGGAAAAGGAUGUAAAAGACGCAUGAAGCUGUUGAGAACAGCACCCCCUCAAAUGACCCCAAUCUCAAGGGUGCACACCACUACUCCUUCAAUCACAAUGGGUCUUUUGAAUGCUUCUAAAAGUAGCACAUUGAUGCUUAAUAAAAAAAGAGUUGGAAAAAAGAAGAGCGUCAGAAAAGGCCUGUCACCUUACACCACAAAAAGGAGCCAUGCUACAACACAGGUAGCCACAACCUCCAAUCCACCUGUGACAUCUACAACACAAAUCAACCCAACUUCAACACCAGCAGUUCAGCCAUACCUACCAACAGCAUUCACAGCAGUGACCAAAAACAUAAAAAGUCGCAAAAAAGUUACAAAACAAAGUCACUGUUGUGGAUUCAGGACACCUCUGAGAGGUGACGCUUUUCAGCCUCAUUGUAAGAGUUGUCUUGAACAAAAUACAACAUCUCACACCACAACUGUUACAACCUCAACAACUACAUAUGGAUUACCUAUCAAAGUGGCAACAGCGAGGACUCUGAGGCUAAAAAAGAAAACAGAAACACCCAAAAGAGACACUACGAAAACAAUCUGGAGUAUAGCUACUUCUGUAAGACCAGUCACAACAAAACUGAAGAAAGCAGCCUCUGUUAAUAAGAAUGAGAAGCCCAAAAAGCAGAAGGAUUUCCCUUUAUUACAGAAUAAUACAAGCGGGGAGCCUAUGGGUAGUAUCAGAGCCCAAAGCACACAUGCAGAGAGACGACCGAAGCAAAAUAUUGUAUUAAAUAAUGCGACAGACAAUCAGCUCCUGUGUGAAAGCCUCAAAUAUCUUGAUGAAUGUAAAUACAAAAUCCGUCCUUUGAAGAAGAAGUUUGAUCUGCAGAACAACGAAUCAAAGACUGCAUACCACUGUGAUUGCACCAGCCGCUUGGCUGUUCAGAUUGAAAGCUUCGAGCAACCCAGUAUUCUCCCCACGCUACUGAUGGAUUUCGUCUCUCAAUACUGCUUUAAACUGCCAAAGGAGAAAAAAUGCCACCGCAGAAACAGAUGUUCUGGAGGCUUCAGUAAAGCCUCUGACCUACUUCAAGCAGUUGAGAUGAUGGAGGAGAAAGACACGGCUGGGGUGCAAAAUUCAAGCAGUGACAGAAGAAGAGGGAUUCCUGUUCGUCUCUAUAAGCGAUGCCUCAGGCUACAAAGAGAAGCCGAUGUUAUGGUGCAGCUCACACGGCUUUAAACUAAUUGCAUAUUUGCAGCAACAUUGAAUUUGGUAAGCUACACAUGUCAUGCGUUUCUUUCUGAUGGUGUAGUGUAAUAUUUGUAAAAUAUUUGUAAAUAUGCCACUGAUUUAAAUGUAAUAUAUUUAUAAAGCACUGUAACAAAAAGUUUUUGCAAUCUUUCAGGUUGUAUAUUGAAAAUGUAAUAACAUCAUGUAUUUUUUUACUGUGUUUGAAUUUAGUAAUUGAUAUUAAAGCAUACUUAAAGGGAUUUCACAAUAAGUCACAUUGUAGCACCUUAUUAUCUGCACUGCAGUUUAAGUAAGGAGAGUAACAAGAUCUACUCCAGUCUGCUUUCCAUAACAACCAGUCAGUAAUAAUAAUCCAACAACACAUUUUUUUUUUUUUACAUCAGAGAUUAAUUGUUAAUAAACAUUGCAGUGUGAUCUAUACCUACCUUUCAUUAUCUGAUCUCUAAAUGUGUUGUGAAUGCUACAACUGUUCAAUGUGCAAUUUAUUGCCAUUUCAUGAAUUACAGCUCUUACAAUGUGUUGCAUCAGUUUUUUAGGUAUUCACUUUUUGGGUAUGUGAAACCGAAAUUAUUGUUAUUUCAAAUGAAUUCAAAGAUCCAUUCCUGUGCUACUAUACAAUCGUACCCAAAAAUGUCACAAGGUUUUUGGAUAUAGGGUUAUCAAUUUUGUGUUUAUUUUUGUCAUGGGCUCUAUACAAAUCUUAUAAUCUUAUAUUCUUAAUUAAGACGUCUUUUUAUUUACCUAUUUUGCUUUGCUUUUUAUUGAACAAUGUUUAAUUUUGAUAAUAGCCAAGUAGGUUAGACACAGUGACCAUUAACCUUAGGUGACCUCUAAACCUUUGAGAGCACUGACAACCCAAAAACGUGGUUUAUUGACAUUGAAGAAACAGUAGGCUACAUUACAUCUCACACAGCUAUAUGUUAAGAAUGAUAUACACACUAGUUAAUUGAAAGACUGGUUAAUAUUGGACUCUUAUGUUCAGUACAGCAAGAAAUACAGGUCAAAUAAGACUCCAUUAAUAUAUUUUCUUUGCCUGAUUAGAACUUCUUUGAUGGCACCCAGAUGAUAGUUGACAUCCAUAGAUCCACAAAUACAUGCAUUUUUUAAGCAUUUGGACUACCUAUGUUGUGAAUGUAUUAUCUUGAUAAUUUACACCUAUUGCACUUCUGUCCGUCCUGGGAGAGGGAUCCCUCCUCUGUUGCUCUCCCCAAGGUUUCUUCAAUUUCCCCCCCCAUUAACUGUGGGGUUUCUUUGGGGGUUUUUCCUUUUACAAUGUGAUGGUCUAAGGACAGAGGGUGUCAUAUUUGCAUUCUGUAUAAAGCCGCCUGGAACAAAUGUAAAAUGUAUGAAACUGAGAUAUAUAAAUAAACUUUGGUUGAUUGAUAA